AACGUUGCAGCUACAAUCUUCCACACGAAUUUCAUUGAGCGGUAGCUACUCACUGAAGUGGAUACAAAAGUACAUAUCUAUUACAACAAACCUCACCAAGUAAUGCCACAGAACACCUGAAGCAUCCCGCACCUCACCGCAAUCCCCCCACCGACAAACAAACAAACCACCACCACCACAACAACAAUAACAACAAUCAUACCACCACCAUGGCGCAACAAGCAGCGGUCCCCCAACAUGUCACGGCCCUCCUUUCGCACCUUACCUCCCGGCCCGGUGUGCAGUCGACUUUUAUUCUCUCGCGGAUAGAUGGGUCAAUUAUUCAGAGUACGGGGUUAGGGAUGGAGUUUCCUACUGUUGCUCCUAAGGGGGCGGAGAAGGUUGUCAGGAGUGAGCCGGACGAGAAUGAUAAUAAGGAUAAUGGUGGGAAUGACGCCAAUAAUGAUGGGAGUAAUGGGAAGAGCAUUGUUGAUGGGGAUAACAAGGAUGAGAACGACGAUGGGGACAACAAGAGCAAGGACGACGACGUCAAGAGUACCAAUAGCGACAGCGACAGCGACAACGACGACAGUUUCGACGACGCCAGGAGCGACAAGAGCGAUAAACCGGAGACAAGCUCACAAACAGAUGCCAACGAGGGCCCCCAAACCAUUACUCUCACCCCCACCGAACAACCACCGCAACCGCAACAACCUCAAAUAACCCAAGAACCAGAGCCCAGCCCCAAACCUACAACCACAACCACAACCACCCAAACACCCUACAAACCAUCCUACGCAGAGACCCUCGCGGCGGCAGUCUUCUCCUUCGUCACCAACGCGACGGAAUUAACCGCAUCGCUGGCGCAACCCCCGCCCGCAGACGAACCCACCAACAACAACAACAACAACAAUAACAACAGCAACCGCCCAACAAGCGCACCCCGCGCCGAACCCACCGGCCGAGAAGACGGCGAGGCAGAAGCAUCAGGCAGGGAAGACGACGACGAGGUCAAGCUACUGCGCAUGCGGACUAAGAAGCACGAGAUUGUCGUCGUGCCGGAUAGGAAGUAUCUGCUUUGUGUGGUGCAUGAUGCGACGCACAUGUCUGGUGGGGGUGGUCCUCCUGGUGGGUCUGGAGUGAGGGGGAGGUAGUGUUGGGUUGAAUUAGGAUUUGUUUCUUGAUAUAUAUUUUUUUAUUCAUAUUUUAAUGUGUUUUCUAGAUGUGUUGAGUGAGUGGGAGUGAGCGACAUGUUGCUAUAUACCCGUCUUGGAAGCGUGUUGUCUUUCUUCGUUCUCGUUCUUAGGU